CUGAGUUUGUUAAAGGGCCAGUGUGGAGGUUUGCAGCUGGCUCGUGGAUGGACUAGGCCUGGUAGGAAUCGAAACUUAACUGGGGGCUGAAGUCAAACACGGAGCCUCGACGGGUCUCUUCUUCCUCAGCUCGCUGUUUACCAGCGUCUGCUCGAGCUCUCGGCGGGAGACAGUUUCUCCGUCUUUCCGCCAUUGGACACUAAAUGACUUCCAACUUCUAUUUGGUUCAAUGAACUUCCUUACUUCUUUAGGUAGGUGUGUCUGAAGUUGGGCCACACUCGCGCUAUGAUAGCGAGGGAAACAUGCGGGGGUCAGGGGCUUGCAUGUUGGAUGUUUAUACAGUUAUUAAAUACGGAAUGAACACGAAGCCCGGCCUCGAUAACAAGCAUGGACCCUGCCAGACAGAAACGCAAAGAAGAGAUAAGGACCUCUCUGAAAUUUAUACAGUCUUCCCUGUCUUAUCCAGAGCCCGAGGGCUACCAGGACUUCCUUACCCAGUUAGUGUGCAACCUGCUCGAUGAGGGCAACGCCUCGUUCAGAGACAGUGACUGGGAGCAGGCGGUGAGAGAGUUCAGUGAAGGCUUGAAUGUCUCGCACUACGCUGCAGCAGAGGAGAUCCAGAUCCCAGAUGCGUUGCUGGAGAGCUUGUAUGUCAACCGUGCAGCUGCCUACCACAGCAUGGGGGAAUAUGAGUGCGGCGUGAAGGACUGCGACAUAGCUCUGAAAGUGUGUAAGGAAAGCCGCAGGGCGCUGUACAGGAAGGCACUUUGUUUGAAGGAGCUCAGGAAGUACAAGGAGGCCUACAACUGCACCACCGACUGUCUGCUCCUUACUCGAAUGGACCAACGGGUGAAUGAGCUCGCACAGGAGCUGGCCAUCCAUCUGGGACUGAAAACUCGGAAACCAUACGUCGGCAUAAAGGAAGGAGGACUUAUCACGAGACAUGUUGCUAAUGGAAACAUGAAAGCUGAAGCCAUCAAGGAGUCUGGUGCUCAUGUAGGAAAUGGUGUGAAUCCUCUCAGUGGCCUCGCACCAGUCAGUUUUCCCAGCAUGCCUCAGUCCUUCAUUCCCUCCUCAGCUCCCUGCCGCCAACCUGCCGUCUCUUCAGUACCUGACAAGGUGGACACUCUGGAGGACUCCGAGGUGAUGGGAGACGAUUUGGACAGCCUGCUCGACUGCUUCCCUAAUGAGACGGAGCCAACUGAGACCCCCCCCCAGGCAGCACUCAGGAGUUCGACCCGCGAUCGCACGGUCCCGUCUGUCCUGCCCGCGCCAACACCCCAGCUACCCCCGGCCUUCUUCAGCUCGGCCGUCAGCCAACUCAACUCCCUGGACUUCUUUUCAGGUGUCGGUUGCUGCACCACAGCUGGAACACUGGAUGCCCUCGACGACCUCUUGACCUCUGGCCUUGGAGGUGGCGCUGGUGCUACAAACUUAGCACUCGCCUUCGAGGCGCUGGACGUUCUGGAUGGCCUCGAUUGCCUGGAUGACUUCUUGGAUACGACUCCAAGUGCUGCUGGAAGUAAAUCCCAAACCGAGCUUGACGCCGGUGAAAAGUCCCUUGAUGAUUUGCUGGAUGAACUGGAUCCUCUGGAGACCGUCUCUGAUCCAGGCGGUCAGAGUGGUGUCCUGAAAAUUGGUGUGAAAGCUGUGGACGCGCUCGACUCCCUCGAUGCCCUGGACUCGUUUCCCUCAGCGGAAGGUGUUGUGGCAGCUUUGCCAGCGAUCUCCAUGGGAAGAACGGGCCUGGACACGCUCUCCGGUUUCAGCUCAACUGGCUCUCAAACUGCUGCAGCUCCAGUAAUGCGAUCUCCAAAGAAUAACUCCAAAGAGAAGAAGAACCCAGCGCUGGCUGCGCUCUCUAACCCGCUGUCCUCCACUCAUGAGUUCCUGCAGGCCUGCUCGGCCUGUUUCCCUCGGAGAGGUCACGGCAUAUAUACAUUUGUUCACAAGCCGGACCUGGUCCACAGCUGUAAGCGAGACAUUCUGUUAUGUAGACUGAAGGCAGGUUAUCCUUCGGAGUGGACCAGAGUACGACAGAUUCCUAACUGGAGUUCCUUCACUGCCCCGUUUGUACUUUGCAGAGAGCUGCUGAAUUCCGGGGAUUUGGGCCUGUGCAAGUACGGAGAGAAUUGCACGUUUGCCUACAACCAGCUGGAGAUUGACGUUUGGACAGAGGAGCGGAGGGGGACACUGGACCGAAACCUGCUGUUUGACACUUCAGGUUUAAAACUGGACCCUGUGAACAGCAUCAUCCGCCUUCUGCAGGAAGACAAGGGCAUGUUCAUGUUCCUCUGUCAGGAAUGCUAUGACAGUAAACCUAGAAUCAUCAGUAAGCGCUGUAGAGACGAUCACACCAGCUGCUCUAACCUGGAUGCUCGCCACACCUUCGAUGCCAAUAAGUGCUUGGCGUUUGUGGUGCGGACCCACAGCGUGAACUACAAAAAGGUCCGACCGCUGGGUGUCCUGUGCCACUUGGAUUUGUGCCGCCAAGCCAUCCGGUACGGCUGCCAGAGAGAGGACAGCUGCUAUUAUGCCCACUCCGUGAUAGAGCUCAGAACCUGGAGGGUGCAGCGCGACACGGGUAUCAGCCCUGAUGAGAUUGUGAAAGUAUCGACAAAAUAUAACGACAAGAAGGAGCAAAACUCAAGCAAACAUAAAGGAAAUGGACAGCUGUCUUCUGGAGGUGAUGGGAGCAAAGCAAGAGGAGGAGGAGGAGCUGGGAAGAGUCUGAACAUGAGGAUGAAGUUUGCCUGUGCUCUGUGCUUGCGGGACGGCCGGAUCAGUGAACCAGACAAAGCCCUGAAGUACUGCACUGCCAAGGCCAGGCACACGUGGACUAAAGAGCGAUGGGUCCUGCUGGUCAAGUCCUUGGAGAGAAGUAAAUGGGUUCAGAUCCGACCGCUGCCACAUGCCAAGAACUUCCCUGUGCAGUAUGAUAUAUGCACCCAGAUGUUGAAGAAAAGGAAAUGUAACUACUCAGGGAACUGCACCUUCGCUCACAGCCAAGAGGAGAAGGAGAUGUGGAUGUAUAUGAAGAAUAACGACUUGCGGGAAAUGCAGCAGAUAUAUGACAUGUGGUUGUCAUUAACCGCCCACAACCGGCAAGCAGACGGAGCCAUGCUCACCCAGCCGGUCCCAGAAGAGAAAUAUAUCGUCAUGCCAACUGACUAUGCUGAACUGAUGAAUGGCUUCCACUGUCAUCUGUGUGGUAGACACAGUAACAGUGAGCGGCAGUGGCAGCAGCACAUCUCCACCGAGAGACACAAGGACCGAGUGUUCAGCUGUGAGGGAGAGGACGAAGCUCUGACGUGGAGCUACCGUUUCCCUGGUCCAUGCUUUGAACUCUGCCCCAAGUUUGAUGACGGCUGUCCUGACGGUGUGAGCUGCGACUACGCCCACAGCUUAGAGGAGCUGCAGGAGUGGACGGAGAGAAGAGAUUUCCUGAGGCAGAAGCUGGCCAAAGCCAGGGAAGACAUGCUCAUCAUGCCUGAUGAGAUUGACUUUGGGAAAUUCAACUUUCUACUUCAGGACUGAGAAGAUUUUUUUUUUUCUUCUUUUAUUUUACUGCCAAUAACUGCCAAACUAGCAUUUAAGUUAAUUAAGUGUUUUCAAUUCAUGACCAAAAUCGAAAUGUGAUGUGAUCAAACUAGCAGUGUAUACAAUGUGCCUGCCAAAAAAUGACUUGACAUAAUUCAUGAAGCACAUGUAUUUGCAUUCUCAAACAUGCCAUAUACUCCUUACUCUAAAUAUUUUAUAUCUUACUGUAUGGAACAUUUUCUGAGCCACGUUUUGCUCUUGUUUGUUCAGCUAAAACAUCAGUAAAAAACAGUGCUCUUCGCUGUGAAAGUAAGACACACGUUGGUGUGAAAAACACAGCAGAUACAAAGACACACUGCUCAUCACAGAAUAUUCAUCAGAGGUUCAUAUUUAACCACACAUGCAGCCGUUUAAAUGUUCUUUUCCCUUCUGCUUGUGUUCUGUUUUUACAGGGAGUUUUAUUAACAUGGUGUUCAUUCUAAAGUUUACUCAGAGAGAGGAUGUUCAAGGCCUUUCACUGGCCAUUAAAAUACUCUCCACAAAUUAUUUUUCUUAAUGUAAAGUCUUAAUAAAAAUUGUCAAGUUCA